AUGAUCCUUAUUUUUGUGUAGAUUUUGGCUAGUGCAUCAGCAGAAUAUCUACCAUCAUUCGAGGCCUUAAAUAUUUCAAAUGCCUUAAGUGAUAUAUUUUAUAAUGGCCAAAGAAAGGAAUUAUUGUGUAAUGGUGCUACUAACAUUAAUGGCUACAUUGGGAACCACUCCUUUGCUACACAAUAGUUUCAAAUGCCUUAACAUACAAUGUUGAGAUUGGAGGCUAUUAUAUAUGGAAUGGGUGAUGAUAAUCAGAUUGGCGUAUAUGUAGAUUGGAAUUUGGUCUGGACUCAACAAACCUCCCCUAUGAUAUCGACUAAAUGCACAUUGAGUGAUUUCAAAAUGAUUUAGUUAAAGGUAGAUUUUGUGCAUACUGGAAGCUCAGGCAUAGUGAUUUUUAUAGGAAAUACACUAGAAAUUUGGGGAUUUAGUGAUCUCAAACUAUCAGUAUAGGGAUGUCCAAAUGGUUGUGUAAUAUGUGAAGCUGAAGAUAUAUCUGAAUAAUGUUCAAUAUGGGAAUUUGGGUUGAGCAAUUGGAAUAAACUUUCAAGUAUCUCAUCGGAAGGUUGGUCAAUAUUUAAUGGGAAGGAUUAAACCUCAGUUUGCGGAAAUGUUGCUCUAAUUGGAGGUUACAAUAAUUUUGGUGCUUAAUCAGUGUUGAAUAAAACUAUAACAAUGAAACCACACUACAGAAUAAGAGUAUAAGCUUUGUGGGCUAAGAUUGAUUCUUGGGAUAAUGAAUAAGGAUAGUUGAUGGUCGAUGGGAAAGUCAUAUGGUAGCAAAAUUAUACAAAUCCAGAUGGAUAUAAAAGUAAAAUUUGUGGGAAUACAAAUGAAAAUUAUAAAACUGUUUUUCAGAGAAUCGAUGUCAUAGUUGAUCAUACUGGGAAUAAUAUGGUUGUUAGUUUUACAUCGACACUUGAUUAAGCAUCAGAUGAUGAGUCUUUUGGAGUCAGGGACCUAAAUAUAUUUUAUCUGCCUUGUGCUGAUGGAUGUCAGGAGUGUCAAGGUCCCUCUAUUUCAGAUUGUAUAAAAUGCUCUGAUAACUUAUUUUAUGAUUUUGGGUAAUGUCAAAACAUAUCAAAUUUUGAGAUUUUAGAAUAAGACUUUACUGAACUUCAAUUUGAUGAUUUAAAGGGUUGGGAAUUGCAUGACAGGCAAGAUCAAACUUAGAUAACCACUUGCAUGGGGGCAAGUCUUCUUGGAGGUUUUGGAGUGAUGGGCAGUGGUGGAUACAUAACAAGAACCUUUUAAAUCCCACCUCAUAGUAGAUUAAGAUUAUAGGUUCUUAUUUACAAAGUUGAUUCUUGGGAUAAUGAAAAGUUUAUAAUAGAAGUAGAUGAUGCUUAAAUUUGGACUCAUAACUGGUUUGUAGAAACUGAUUUUAAUUAUUGUGGCUAAUCUUGGCCUGAUUCCAAAAUCUAUGUCGAUUUGAUCUUUGAACAUACUAAUAAAGAAGCCUAAAUUAAAUUUAGUUCCACUCUGAAUCAAGAAGCUUAUGAUGAAUCUUGGGGAUUUAGAGAGUUUACCUUGAUGUAUGAAUCAUCAAUUUCAAUAUUGGAGAUAUAUUCAGCAACAAUAAUGUCUGUAGUCUAUCCUUUAUUAGUAAUAAUUAUUUAUUUAUGA